AUGAAUGGACGCGGCUUCCGACGCCCAGCCUCCUCAUCCAUCAUUACUGCCACAACUUCCGCCACCGUUCCCAUCCCCACCACCGGUGAGAACACUCGCGAUGCCCUGCAAUCCGUCCCCACCGACGCCGUCGCCGCCGCCGCCGGCACCACCACCAACCCCACCACCAUUCUACCAAGCACCAGCACAGCAGACUCGAUCCCAACCUGUCCACAUUGCGUACACACCUUCACAUCACACAUCGGCCCUGCCAAUCCAUCGUACUGA